AGGCUGGAUGGGAGCCAGGCUGGCAGAGACAGGGGCUUUGUCCCAGCUAGCUUCUGAGCCAGGAGAACCGGUGGGAAAGCCCGUGCCAGGCAUAAAGGAAAGGCUGGGGGGAGGAAGUGAGGAGGCAGCCAGGGAAAGGGGGUGGAGGAUUCUGGGGAGUAGAGAGGAGCUUCCUUAUAAGUAACGGGGAGGGGGAGAGAAGGAGUUGGGCAGAGGAAAGGUUGGGCAUUGCCUGGGUUCAGUCUAGGGGGCCAUCUUGGAGGAGGCCAGGUGGGUACGGUGCCUAGGAAGGGAAAGGUAGGAAGGGAAGGUCAGAGGGGUACUAUGGGAGGAAGAAGCUCUGGGUUCAAGGAAGGACUCUGGCACUGGGAGGAGCAGAGGGAGUCCUAAGUAUAAUAACACCCACAGUUUAUGCUACAAGCACUUAUUGAGCUCCUACUGUGUGCCUGGUGCUAUAAAGCACUCUCAAAGCAUCAUAACCUUGUCACAACCUGUGAAGUGGUAGUAACGGUGCUUUUUCACAAGUAAGGAAACAAAGUCUCAGAGCGGGUAAUGAACUUGACUAAGGUCACACAGCAAGUUGACUAAGACCCAGGUCUUAGCUCUGAGGAAGAAUCCUUGGCUGGAGACAGGGAUCAGACAGUCACAGUGAGUUAAUGGUAAGGUGGGGGCAAUGGGCUUCAGAGGCCAGGAUAUGUGCGAACCCAAGUGGAUAUGGUAGGGGGCCAGAGGAAGUCUAUCUUAAGGUCUAACUCCAUCUUUCCUCCUCAGGUCCCUCCACCAGCCUGCAUCAUGGCGCCACUGCUCCUGCCCCUGCUGGCAGCCCUGGCUCAGGUCCCUGUGGCCUUAGCUGACACCCUGGAAAGGGACAGCUCAGAGGACCGGGCUUUCCGCGUGCGCAUUGCCGGCGACGCGCCGCUGCAUGGCGUUCUCGGCGGCGCCCUCACCAUCCCGUGCCACGUCCACUACCUGCGGCCGCCGAGCCGCCGGGCGGGGCUGGGCUCUCCGCGCGUCAAGUGGACCUUCCUGUCCCGGGGCGGAGAGGCUGAGGUGCUGGUGGCGCGGGGGCUGCGCAUCAAGGUGAGCGAGGCCUACCGGUUCCGCGUGGCGCUGCCUGCCUACCCUGCGUCGCUCACCGAUGUCUCCCUGGCGCUGAGCGAGCUGCGGCCCAACGACUCUGGCAUCUACCGCUGCGAGGUCCAGCAUGGCAUAGAUGACAGCAGCGACGCUGUGGAGGUCAAGGUCAAAGGGGUCGUCUUUCUCUACCGGGAGGGCUCUGCCCGGUAUGCCUUCUCCUUCGCUGGGGCCCAGGAGGCCUGUGCCCGCAUCGGGGCCCGCAUCGCCACCCCAGAGCAGCUCUACGCCGCCUACCUCGGGGGCUAUGAGCAGUGUGAUGCUGGCUGGCUGUCCGACCAGACCGUGAGGUAUCCCAUCCAGACCCCACGAGAGGCCUGUUAUGGGGACAUGGAUGGCUUCCCUGGGGUUCGGAACUACGGAGUGGUGGACCCGGAUGACCUCUAUGAUGUCUACUGUUAUGCUGAAGACCUAAAUGGAGAGCUGUUCCUGGGUGCCCCCCCAGAAAAGCUGACUUUGGAGGAGGCAAGGGCAUACUGCCGGGAGCGGGGUGCAAAGAUUGCCACUACGGGUCAACUGUAUGCAGCCUGGGAUGGUGGCCUGGAUCGCUGCAGCCCAGGCUGGCUGGCCGACGGCAGUGUGCGCUACCCCAUCGUCACACCCAGCCAGCGUUGUGGUGGGGGCCUGCCUGGUGUCAAGACCCUCUUCCUCUUCCCCAACCAGACCGGCUUCCCCAACAAGCACAGCCGCUUCAAUGUCUACUGCUUCCGAGACUCUGCCCAGCCCUCUGCCAUCCCUGAGACCUCCAACCCUGCCUCUGAUGGACUGGAGGCCAUCGUCACAGUAACGGAGACCCUGGAGGAGCUGCAGCUGCCUCGGGAAGCUGUGGAGAGUGAGUCUCGUGGAGCCAUCUACUCCAUUCCCAUCAUGGAGGAUGCAGGAGGUGGCACCUCUACUCCUGAAGACCCUGCGGAGGCCCCUAGAACCCUCCUAGAAUUCGAAACCCAAUCCAUUAUACCUCCCACGGGGUCCUCAGAAGAGGAAGGCAAGUUGUUAGAGGAAGAACAGAAAUACAAGGAUGAAGAAGAGAAAGAAGAGGGGGAGGAAGAAGAGGCGGAUGUGGAGGACGAGGCCCUGUGGGCCUGGCCAAGCGAGCUUGGCAGCCUGGACCCAGAAGCACCUUUUCCCACGGAGCCUGCCCUGGAGGAGUCGCUGUCCCAGGCAUCCCCAACAGCAAGGGUGGUCCUGCUACCUGGUGCAUCACCGCAUCCUGGUAGAGAGUCAGAGGCUCCCAGGCCUCCAAGCGUCCGUGGGCCACCCACUGAGACCCUGUCCACUCCCAGGGAGGAGAAACUGGCAUCCCCACCGCCUUCCAUACCAUUUGGGGUGAGAGAGAUGGGGGAGGAGACUGGGGGUCCUGAGCUGUCUGGGGUCUCCCGAGGAGAAAGUGAAGAGACAGGGAGCUCCGAGGAUGCCCUUUCCCUGCUUCCAGCUACACGGGUCCCUGAGGGCACCAGGGAGCUGGAGGCCCCCUCUGAAGAAAACUCUGGAAGAACUGCCCCAGCAGGGAGCUCAGUGAGAGCCCAGCCUGUGCUGCCCACUGACAGCACCAGCCAUGGUGGAGUGGCCGUGGUCCCCUCAUCAGGUGACUGUGUCCCCAGCCCCUGCCACAAUGGUGGGACUUGCUUGGAGGAAGAGGAAGGGGUCCGCUGCCUGUGCUUGCCUGGCUAUGGGGGGGACCUGUGCGAUGUUGGCCUUCAGCUCUGCAGCCCCGGCUGGGACGCCUUCCAGGGCGCCUGCUACAAGCACUUUUCCACUCGGAGGAGCUGGGAGGAGGCAGAGACCCAGUGCCGGAUGUACGGCGCGCACCUGGCCAGCGUCAGCACGCCCGAGGAGCAGGACUUCAUUAACAAUCGAUACCGGGAGUACCAGUGGAUCGGGCUCAAUGACAGGACCAUUGAAGGCGACUUCCUGUGGUCGGAUGGUGUCCCCCUGCUCUAUGAGAACUGGAACCCUGGACAGCCUGACAGCUACUUCCUGUCUGGAGAGAACUGCGUGGUCAUGGUGUGGCAUGACCAGGGACAGUGGAGCGAUGUGCCCUGCAACUACCACCUGUCCUACACCUGCAAGAUGGGGCUGGUGUCCUGUGGGCCCCCACCGGAGCUACCCCUGGCUCAAGUGUUUGGCCGCCCACGACUGCGCUAUGAGGUGGACACCGUGCUUCGAUACCAGUGCCAGGAGGGGCUUGCCCAGCGCAACCUGCCACUGAUCCGCUGCCAGGAGAAUGGUCACUGGGAGCCUCCCCAGAUCUCCUGUGUGCCCCGAAGGCCUGCCCAAGCCCUGCAUCCAGCAAAGGCCCCUGGAGGACACCAGGAGCGGCUGCCUGGGCGCUGGAAGGCACUGUUGACUCCCCCUUCCAGCCCCACUUCAGGUCCAUCGGGAGCAAGGCCUUGAACACUGCUGCCCCCAGCACUGGCCUCUCACCCAACCCUCCCUUGCUCCCUGUGUUCUUCCCACCACAGGCAGUGACAAGAUGAGAAGGCUGGAGCUGGGGUCAGGUGACAAUGUCUGAAGGGCCUUCUGGGAAACCCCUGGUUUGCUCUGCCAGCCCAGGCCCUCUCUCCUCCCACCCUGGGCAUCAGGUUUUUCCCUCAGGGCAAAGGGUAAGUCCCUAAGUGCCUCAACUGCUCUCUCUGCCAGCUAUCCUGUCCUCUCCAUUCCCCUAGGGGGCACUGUGCCCACUCAUUCUUGGUUUCCAAGAGAAUGGGAUUGUUGGAUGGAGUGCCUGUAAAACCAGCAGGAAAUAAAACUGCGUUUGAGCCUAAGCAAGUUGGAUGCCCUUGUGUGUGUGAGAGAGAGAGAGAAGUGGCGUUGGGCAGGGCCUCAUAGGAUAGAUAGGGCCUCUGGGUUUAUUAACUUCUGAAGGUAAGAGAAGUCCCCGAGAAGUCAGUGGCUAGCACGGUACCUGGCACAGAAUAGAUACCCAGUAAAUAUCUGUGGCAUGAAGGAACCCACAGGCAUUGGGGGACAGCUGGAGGAGUGCAGCAUCAGGACGUUUGGAAGGAGAUGAAAUCCCUGGAGUGCUCAAGAUCAAGCAGAUCUAGCCAAGAGAAAAGCAGAGCGGUGGGUGCUUUGGUGUCCUAAUUUCAGAGCUCUGAGGCUGAUUCUCUUAGGGGAUGUAAGAAUAAAGGGAAAGCUAGACAGGCACUGAAGCCAAAAGAUUGGGGUCUAGAAUGCAAGAAGUCUUGCCGCCAGCAGAGAAGGCAAGAUGCAGGAAUCCGGCAGCGGUCCCCAGCCCUGCUGUGGGGCUGGGCUCUGGGGAAUAACCUGUGGGUCUUUCAGGCUGUGACCAGCAGAGGGCGAUGCGGACGUAGGCACGUCGCCCUGAGAGUGCUGUGUGCGCGUGUGUGUGUACACGCCUGAGAGGAGUGUGGAGAGUCCUAGAAUACCGCCAGGGGGCGCCUCGGUCUUUCUUUCUCUGGCUCCCGGAGGGGGGAAGGGGGGUAUUUGGCUGGGAGGCAGGGUAGCACUUCCGGCCAGGCUGAGCUGGCCCUGAAGGGUGUGAGUCAGCGGAGAUUGAGGUGGUGAGGUCACUCUGAGAACUGGAGAGAGUGACAGACCGAUGGUGUGUGUGUGUGUGUGUGGUGUGUGUGCGCACGUGUGUGUGUGUGUGUUACCUUAUGGUAACGUAUGUGUCAGGAUUGGUAUGUCUUUGUGAAGAAGGUGAAACAUAUUGCCCCAUAUCCUCACACUUAACCACACUCUGUCACGGAUAUGCACACACGGGCAUGCUGUCAUAUGUAUCACUCCUGCUUGUGCCCACUCAGUUACACCACAUUCACCCACAUGGGUAAUUCUUACUCCUUUUCCUAAAAGUCAAUGAAACCUGAUACAACCAAGAGACAGGGAGGCAUAUCCAGAGGAGCAAAAAUCUGAGAGAAAUAUGAGACAUGCAAAGAUGGUGAGGCAAGAUUGGCAGAGAGAGACAGGUGCACGUGGAGGGGAGCUGGGGGCUCUCACAGAUCAUCCCUACCCUGCUCCUCGGCCUUCCACCACCCUGUAACUAAACCUCAACCAGUUGGUCUCUGAGAUACCAGCACUGAAAUCCCAGACCUCAGCUGCCCCCCUCCCCCACCCACCUCCACAUUCCUCUCCUCACCCUAGGGGCCCACCUGCCUACCUUCUGUGCUCUCCACACAACCCAGCCCAGCUUGGCCAGGGAGUGGGGACUGUUUCUUGGGGCUACAGAGAAGAGGUUGAUCCCGGGACUAGAGUGGACCCCGACUUUAUCCUGUAUUAUUUUGCCAUUGCUAACUCAGUACAUUUUUAGGGAUGUGAGGGCACUUAGCUGGAAUCAUGAGUAGAGGAAGACCAAGGUGGGCCUUUGAAGGUAGUCCCUGAAGAGGAGAAGACUGGAGAAGGGGAUGUUUGUCCUUGGAUUCUUGAGGGAGUUUCUCCGAAAAACACAUCCUAACAGAGAUAGAGUUUCAGUAACAAGUUGGAUUUCCCAAAGAGGCCCUGGUGGUGAGCUGGAAGGGGCCUUGGUUUCUCAGCCCUCUCUUCAACACUCUCUCACUGAAUUCCCCCCACAGUGGUAGGCAGGGAUCCACCAGCUUCUCUGAUGUGUGGAUGAGGAGAGUUCCAGAGGGAGAUACGGGACUAGAACUAGAAUCUUUCCCCUACUUCUGACACCUGCUGGGCUGCCUGAGCUGGGCCGGAAACGGAAGCUUCUCCUGGCUUUGUUAGGCUUCCUGGGGAAGGGUGAGCUGGUCUGGAUGACUCAGCAUGCUGCCUAGAAUCCAACCCCUGGCCCAGUGUAGGUGUCUGUGUGAGGCAUGCUGUCCUGGCCUGGGGAGGGGGAUUUGCCUUUCAUGGAGUGUCAGCCCCAUGUUUUGGGGGGAGAUGGAGCAGGGGCCACGCCUAUCUCUGCUUCUGCCUCUGGAAGCGGGGGCACAGCACAGAUCUGACCAUAUAUCCCCCUGCUAAGGCCCUAGAUGUGUGGUUAAGCUCUCUGUCUCUUUGCUGCAUCUCUAAAAUGGGGUCCCCCCACAGAGUUUCCCAUUCCCUCGGGGUGAGAAAGGUCAGAGAGUGUACCUAUGGGUGUGUACAGAGGGAGGAAGGCCCAGCCUGAGUAAAGGUUGGGGAAUGGAGCAUUGUGCAGGGCCUGAAAUUCCUGAGAGAUGGGCCUUCCAGAGAUCACCCACCUGCCAGAGUCCCCAGCUACCCCCCAGACUGUUCUGAUCCAAAAGCCACCCUCCAUUGCCAGCCCCCAGUCCCCACCCUCCACCCCCGAACUCCCACAGCCCUGCCCUGACCUCACUGGGGCCUUUGUCUGAUCCCUGAGGCCCUGUCUGUGGGCCUGUCUCCUGCAUAGAGAAAGAAUGGAUCCCAUUGUUCAGACUGCCUGCUGUGACAGAACUCCCAAAGACUUCCAAAAGCGCUCAGUCACUUGGACCCCUGCGGGUGGGUGGACUCUCUAAGCUUUGAACCCCAUGCCCAGGGGCUGUAGUCAGGCCCCUGCCUGGAGUGAGGACCCAGAUGCCCAUCCUCAUAGCUAUGCAAGAGUUCCUCCACCCCUAGACUAGAAGUACUUCCUGAGAGCUAACUUCCACCCUACUUGCUGCAAGGGAAAGAUUCCAGUGGGCAAAGCAUGAGAAAAGGAUUGAAAAGAAGAGUAAAGAAAAGAGAGAAAGAAGGAGGAUGUGAGGAAAUUCACCCCCUGCCGGAUGUGGGAGACCAGCUGAUCCAUCUGAGUGGGUGGUUCUGGUUCUCCUGGCUUCUGUGUUUAUUUCCUGGUGGCUCUUUUUUAGUAUUUAGACGGUUGGUUAACAGAGGGAAGGUCAUUGACCACUUUGGCCUGCAGUAUUUAAGGAGAGAAUCUCACAGCCCCUGGCUCGUGUUCUACCUAUAGACCCCAAGUGGUGUCUAGGGGCUCCUAGGAUCAUUGACAAGGUGCUUCAGUUUCCCCACUGAGGUGAGCUGAGGCUCUCUGACAUUGUACAGCUUUCUGGCAAAUGAGAUGAAUGGAAAAGGGAGGAAUAUAGGAAAGCCCAAGAGACUGAGGAGUUGGGCAGGGGCCUAGGAGGAAAGAUGAAAGUAGAUGGAAGACAGAGGAGAGGUGAGAAUGGGCAAAUAGCAAAGGAGAGCUGGGUCCAUGAGUGAGACUGACAGCAUGAGGGGUCUCUCCUUAGGGGGAGGUUGGAGUCCAGGAGCAUCCAGAAGAGGCCCGGAGGCAGCUGGGCAUUGCCCCAACCCACCAGGUCUCCCAGCCACCCUUCCUGGGCCUCUGGGGCACCAGCUUAUAAGCAGCUGAGCCCACAGUUGCUGGGAGGGGGUUCCUCGACAGAGGCCUCCUGGCACCUGCCUUGGUCUAUUUCUGGAGCCACAGCUGAGUCACUGGGGAAGGGGGGGGCUGUUGAAUAGGACUGGAGUUUGUGGCUAUGAAAGAAAAAAGCUGAAGGGGGAAGAAAGGGGUCUAGAACCUUGGAUUCUAGGGUGUGGGGGGUGAUCACUAGGAUCUAUCCCUUUGGGGCAAGAGGGGCUGAUGUUACAGCAAUAAGAACAGGAGUUAGAUUAUGGGAGGGACUUCCACAUUGGAGUCCUGGAAUAAUGUGGAAGGGUUGGGGAGCAGGAGGUAAAGCCUUCUUUUUCUGAAGUAGCCUGAUCUGGGGGUGGGGAAGUGGGUGCUGUCUUAGAGAGGAGAAAGAGAAAAGGGCCCUACAAGAGUGGAGGGAAGCAGGGGGCAUAGAUGGGGGAUCUCAGAACCCUGCGAGAGGAAACCAGAGAGGACCAUGGUUUCCUCUGCUCCCAGUCACAGACUCCGUGGACCUGCACCGCACCUGAGGCCAUUCUGCCCCUCCCUCUGCCUCUGAGUCCCUUCCUGGGUUUGGCUGCUUGAGAUUCUCGUUUCUCUUUCUCAGUGGGCCUGAGAACUCAGAAACAAGACGUCUAGCUUCUUUCUUUCUCCAGGGGAAGACUUCCCCUCUCUCACUUCCCAGGAAGACCCUCACCUCAAACUUCCAUCCACCCCAUUGCUCAGCCUCCCUCUGUGAGUUGGGGGUGGGGGCCCAGUUGAGGCCCAGGGGCCUGUCCCCAAGCCUGAGCCUUCUUGGGUUUCCUGGCCUUGGAUAGGCUUGGUUUCCAUUCCCUCCCCCAUCAAUGGGCAGCAACAGGGGGCACAUUCCAGCUGAAAUUAAAUUACAUUCCUCCUUCUCUGUCUGACAAGGAUGGCAUCGAUGACAGCAGCUGUGCCGCUACAGGGUCAAGUGGCAGCAGCCGGUUCCCCAAGAUGGGGCUGAGAAGGGGGAGCUGAGGGGAGUCCAGAGACCAGGGCCUCUGGAGCCAGCGAAUGUGCUCAUAUUCUUUGAUCUCAAGAGGCCAGAGCAAGAGGGCCAGACCCUGCAGUGGGAGGGAUAAAGGUUAGCCCACAGGGUAGCACAGCUAUAUGGUACCUCAGGGAAUGAUCAAGUCCAAAUGGUAAGGUAACGUGGGAAAACCUAGGCCCCGUCAGCAGGGAAUAGUCCAGCACCAUGACCUCUGAGAGGACCCUGGAAGGAUGCCCCCUCCCCACAGCAGACACGAAGGCUGAGAGGGCCCUUUAAGAGAUCACGCUUCAAGCCAUCUUGUGCUUGGCCAGAGCCCAGAGCCCAGGCCUUUGAUUUCCUCUCAGUCUCUGGCAGUGGCCGGUGGUGGCAGCAGUAGCAGGGACAGCAGCAGCCUGGGCUGAAUAGGGAGCUCAGCCUCUGACCUCACCCUCUGUGGUGCCUCAGCCUGCACAGCCUUAUAAGGAAGUGCCUCAAACAAACUGAGGAAGCCACCUCCGGCCCCCCACCCUGCCCCCUGUGCCGUCCCAAGGCUAUAUUUACCCAGAGGAGGCCCCAGAAUAACCUCCCACUUGUCCUCUGUCCUCGUGCUGGGCUGGGGGUGCUGCCCCUCCUCACUCCCUCCCGGGGGAACUCCUCCCUCAGAAAAGCUUCCUGUUGUCUGACCUCAUCUUAGUCAUUCCUUCAUUCACUUAUUCAGUACCUAUUUCCUGAGGACCCACUGUGCCCCAGGCACUGUGCUAGGCUCUGGGUGAUAAACACAGAUUUCCUUUGCUUUCCCAGAGAUUUCUAAAAUAACAGGGUUUUUUGAGUUGCCACACCCCCCUGGCUUCCCUUCUACUCUCCCUUUGGCUCCUUUGUCCUGGAUUCUCCUCCCCUCUCCUAUAAAACUCUCACUGAGUGAUCUCUAGGUCAAUGACAGCCUAAUUCUUGUCUCCAACCUGGCCUUCUCGCCUGAGCUCCAGGCCCACAUAUCCACCCUCCCUCAACCAAAAAAAAAACCAAACCCAUUGCCGUGGAGUCUUUUCUGACUCAUAUCUGCCCUACAGGACAGAGCAGAACUGUUCUACAUGGUUUCCAAGGAGCGCCUGGUGGAUUGGAAUUGCCAGCAUUUUGGAGGUCACGAUUUCCUCCUGGAUGCUCCAUCUCAGAAAAUGGUACCGCCAUCCCCCAGCUGCCCAGGUACCACCAGCCCACCUCCGCUGUCUUAUCCCACCUUGUCUCCCACACUGGAUCACCAAGUCCUGAGAUUCAGCUUCCCUUACCUAUCUCUAAUCCAUCCCCUCCUCUCCCUGCCCAAGGCUGCCAUCCUCCCCUGCCUGAACCCCUGCGGUCUCCUCCCUGAUUCACUCCUGCCUGCCCCAAUCCAUUCUUACACACCAGCCUGAAAGUUUUAUUUAAAACGCACACCUGGUCCUGUCAUGUCUCGAUUUAAAACCCUUCAGAGGCUCCCCAUUUCCCUGAGAAAGAAAUCUAUAUUCCCUGGCAGCCGGGUGAGACCUCUGCCCCCUGACUCCUGACUCCCUCUCCAUUCUCAUUGUGAACCUUCUUCCCUCAUUCUGCUCUUUCCAGCCACUCAUGCCUUCCUUCUGUCCCUCAAAGGCCCCAGCUCUCUCUUGCUUCGGGGCUUUGCCCACGCUGUUCCCUCUGACUGGAAUCCUUUUUCUCUACCCUCCCUCCAUCACCAGUCAGCUCCUGCUCAUCCUUCAUGGUCUCAGGGUGGCCUUCCCUGACCACCCCCUCCCAUGUCCCUCCAGCAAGAACAGAUGAGGGCCCCUGCUCUGUGUUCCCAUAACCUCCUGCUCCUCUGUUUCCAAGUAUGACUACCACUCAGAAGCCUUUGUUCAAUUAGAAGGUAAAGCCCUCUGAGCUAGGAAGCAUGUUUUUUUUUUUUAGCUGUUGCUGGAUUCCCAGUGCCUGUCCGGUGCAUGGCACAUAGUAGAUGCUCAGUAAACAUUUGUUGGAAAAUGACAAUCACCCCUGUACCUACCACCAGGAAUAUUCCUGUUACUAUCUCACCCCGUUUCUCUUGCUCUGCUGUCAGGCCAUCACUGCCACUAAGAGCUCCCUUUCGGAAAGUUCUCACUUUUGUCUAACUUACAUCCUCCGCCCUGUUUGGGCUUAUUGACAGAGCUCUAUUUGGGUGUCCCUGGGUGGCACAAGGAAACCCUGGUGGCAUAGUGGUUAAGUGCUACAGCUGCUAACCAAUAAGUCAGCAGUUUGAACCCACGAGGUACUCCUUGGAAAAUCUAUGGGGCACUUCUAUUCUGUCCUAUCGGGUCGCUAUGAAUUGGAAUCAACCCGACAGCAGUGGGUUUUGGUGGGUGGCACAAAUGAUCAAGCACUCAGCUGCUAAUCAUAAGGUUGGCAGUUCAAGUCCACCCAGAGGCACCUUGAAGGAAGGUCUGGGGGUCUGCUUCUGGAAGGUCAUAGCCACUGAAAGCCUACGGAGUACAGUCCUACUCUGACACAAAUGGGGUCACCACGAGUUGUAAUUGACUCAAUGGCAACUGACUGGGUAGUUCUGUAGAGGGGACCUUGGUGUGGGGCAGGAUGGGCAGCCAGGCACAGGGAACGACUGCUUGGCUCAACCUUCGUCCUUGGCUCUCACCCACGCAGGGGUGCCCAACGGCUUGGGAGACCAAGCACAGGGUGUCUCUGUCCCUGGGGAGGGGCAGGGAGGGGACCCUACUUGCCUGGAUGGCAGCCUGGUGGGAUCAGACAGGGCCUUGUUAGCAGUGGGUGCAGGAAGGAAAGAGCAGAGGCCUGGGCUGCCAGGAGGGUGGGGUGGGCAGAGACAGGAUCCUGGACCCUGAGGCAGGGGAUGUGUCUAGAGGGGGUGAAAUGGAGUCUGGGUGCCCAAGACAAAGACUCCCAGAUGGAGAUAGAGAAAAGCAGACAGUGAGAUACAUUCAGGGAGGCUCCUGUCCACCUGUCCUUGGUUUGAGGAUGCAAGUGAGGACCUGAGAGGCUGGGAUUUCUGUCUCACAACUUUCCCCAGACCUCCGCCUUGGAUCCAAGAGGAGGGAGAGUUGGCUCCUGGAUUUGGGGUUAUGUCCAAAUGUUCCACAUUUGUUUGGCAGCUCCCGUCACAUCCCCGCCCAGGAUAUUUAGAGGUGUCGCCAGAUCUUCCUCCCCUGCUGAACUGAGCUGAGUAGUUUCUAUUUGAGUAUCCUGACUUCAAGGUCUUCAGACUCUGCCUAAUCCAGGGACCCAGGGAACUACCAGGAAGCAGGGGGCUGGGCAUGGGAAGAAUCUGUGGUUGGGUGGACUUGGGUGUAACCCCAGUUGUCAGCGUACCCCCAUAACAGUGGUCCAUCGCCCUCCCACUCCUGCUUGUCCUUCUUCCUUUUCCUGCUUCAGUAUGUGCCCGAAGUCCCACUGGAGACCUAAACUGAAGCCCUCUGGCUUCCCCUAGCCUUCCUCCUGCUCUCUCCAUCCCUGGAAUCCCCCAAGUCACCUGGCCCAGCCCCCCUCAUCGGGUGGCAGAGUCUGAGGUUCAGAAGCUAACAGGCAGACCUGAGGCCACACAGCCAGCCUGAGGCAGAGCUUCGCUCUCCCCUCACCCUUCUCUGACCCCGCCAGUCCAGCAGACAUCACAGGCCAGACAACUGUUUGGAUUCGGGGUCUAGGGGGCUUAUUAUGCUGGCGGCACUGAGGGGCCAGUGGGGAGGGUGUGCAGGCAUGGAGGUGGCCCCAAGGCCUGAUCCCUGUAAUCACCCGUGCUGUGGGCAGAGAUGAUGAUGGGCUUGGCCAGGCCCUGAGGUCACCUGGACAGGCCUCCCCAGCCAAGCAGCACCCCCAGCCUUCCCCAGGAUCCCAGCACUGCUGUCUAGAGCCUCAGUCUGUCACCUCCAUGUUCCCCAUGAGGCCUCCCAGGUCCUCCUUUCCUCAGGAGGCAGCCCCUUCCCAACCCUGGCAUCUCCCAUUUCCUCCCCCACAGUCCCGCUGCUGUUCCUUCUGCUCCUGUGCUGGCCCUGAGAACAACCCUGUCUGCUCCGACCACCACCACCAACUCAGGGAAGGAAGAGUCCAGACACUGCAGGAGG